AUGACGGAAGUACCUGGGAUUCAGUCUAUGACGCCUCCCAGUGAAGAUGAUCGUGCUCCGGCUCCUAAAGUAAAGAAAACGCGAGGUCGCCUGAAAAUCAAUAUGAAGCUGAUAGGCGAAAAAAAGAAGAGAAUGAUUUGCUUCUCGAAACGGAAAGCUGGAUUGAUGAAAAAAGCUUACGAGUUAUCCGAACUUACUGGAACUGAAGUGAUGUUGUUGGUUGCAAGCGAGACCGGACACGUGUACACGUUUGCUACGAAGAAAUUGCAGCCGAUGAUAACUUCAGAUGCUGGAAAGGCCUUGAUUCAAACCUGCCUGAAUUCUCCGGAUGACGAUGAACCAAUAGGUGCGCAUCUGAAUCCAGACGCUUUCGAAGAACGGCAGACCGCGGUUUCUUGUUCUUCAGACACAGAUGAAGCACCGGAAGAUUUUGAAGAGGUCGAUGAACGCAGCCUCGUUUCUUGUACAUCGGAAGCCAACUCGCCGGCAAAUCCUUCUCAAUUUGUCAUCCUGCAAAGAUAUUCUGAUGAUUGAUUCCAAAGAAUUCCAUACGCGUGAGAUUUUCUCACAUUGAUUUAAGAAUGAUUUCUUGCGAAAUGUGAUCGCUAUGUUCUCUUUGAACUUUUCCAAAACGUUUGCUCAACGUUUUGUGAAAAAUUCUUCUAAGACGAUUUUAUUAUUUGUGAGUAUUUGAUCCAGCAUAUCGAUCGAAAGUGUAUUUCGUGUUCAUUGUGAAUCCCUUAGUGGAACCAUGUUGCCGAUGAAUGAAAUCCAUUCCAGAUAUACGCUAAUA